AUGGAAGAAGAAAAAACGAAAAUGUAUGAAAAACAAUUAGAUAAACUUAUAAAUGCUGCUGAAGAAGAAAUGAAUUUAAGAGAUCAUCCAGAAAAAAUCGCCGAUUUACAACGUGAACUUCGCUUACGUGAAAAACAACAAGAAGACCUCAAUAAAGAACAAGGAAAAAUUGCCGAAGAAAUGCGCAAAGUUCAAGCAGCUCAGGCUGAAUUACAAACUCAAGUCGAUAAAAUCAAAGACGAACUUAUCGAAAACGAAAGACUUCUUACUGAAGCGUUAACUGAACGAGAAAGAUGGCAAGCAAAAAUUGAAGAACAACAAGUAUUGAUCGAUAGUAUUGAACAACAGAUAAGAGAAAAUGAAAAAGCACUUGAAGAACUAAAGCAACAACAACGUGAACUUGAAAUUAAACAAAAAGAUUUAAUAAAACACAUUGAUCAACUAAAUUCAAAUAUAACAAAAUUAGAAGCUAUUCUUAAAGAUGUAGAAGCUAGAGUUGCUCGUAUAGAAAAAGAAGUUGAAGAAACAGAAUUAAAAAUUAAAGGUUUAGAAAAAGAACUUGAGCAAAUACGUGAAAAAAUUCAAAUUGUUAAUGAAAAAAUUGACAGAAUAACAAAAGAAAUUGAUCUUAGUGAACAAAAAUAUGAAGAACUUGAACGACAAAAACAUGAACUCGAAUUACAAAAACGUGAAAAUGAAAAAA